UGCACUUUUUAUAAUAAACCGAUCAAGAACACAAUCAAUCGGUCAUAAUUAGACUUUGAUAAGGAUACUUACUACAUAUUUACACUGAUAAAAUUGUAACCGAUUUUUAUUAGCUAGUUGUAUCUACCUUUUUACCUGAAAUCCUAAACAAUCACUAUCUAUUCAUCGACCAGAAGAAUUGAAUUUGUUGUCGCUCCUCCGAGAGAUUCUAAUCUUUUGCAAUUUUUUUUUAUAAAUUGGUCGAAAUGAAGAAUUCAGCAUCCAAUUUACAAGUCCAAUAUGUGGCAUUGGGCGGUACGAAAAUGAAGCGUCGCCGCCGCCAGAUCGGCCAGAUAUGCCUCCUAUUCACCGGCGUCGUUCUCAUAGGCGUCGGCGUUUUCAUCAUCGUGUUCUUCGAAUCGAUCUACGAGUUCGUCAUCAACCACGCGCUGCGGUUCUCGCCGACGUCGCAGGCCUACCUGGUGUGGAAGACGAACGAGCCGCCGCUGCUGAUGGACAUCUACCUGUUCAACUGGACGAAUCCGGAGCAGAUCAGCAACUUUUCGGCCAAGCCGGAAUUCGAGGAGAUCGGACCCUACAGGUUCAAGGAGGUGAAGGAGAAAAUCGGCAUCGCCUGGCAUCAGGACAACAGCACGAUCAGCUACACCUACAAGAAGCUGUAUUUCUUCGACGAGGAGAACAGUGCCAGGAAAUUGAACGAUGUUAUUUCCAUGAUUAAUAUUGUACCAUUGACGAUAGCCUAUAAACUGAGAUAUCACGAUUGGGUGACGAAGCGACUGGCGUCAACAACUCUAUCCAGCGUAUCCAGCCUCUAUGUGACUAAAAACGUAUCGGAAAUCCUCUUCGACGGGUACGAAGAACCGAUCUUGGGCACCCUAUCAAAGAUCCCGUUCCUCAACGUGCAAGACCGAUUCGGUCUGUUCUACGGUAAAAACAACACCGAAGGUCAGGAUGGUUUCUUCAGCAUGUAUUACGCCAACGACGAGAAUUUCGGCCGGAUGUUGAGCUGGAACUUCAAGAACCGCACGGACUUCUACGAGGGCCACUGCAACGAUAUACGAGGAUCCGCGGGGGAGUUGUACCCCAUCAAUCGACGAAGGGACAAAUUGGUCCUCUUCUCGGACCAAUUGUGCAAGUACGCCGAAUUGGAGUACGUCGAAGACGUGGUCAUCAAAGGCGUCAAAGGCUACAAGUACACGGCCGAUUAUAUAUUCGAUAAUGGGACCACCAGGCCGGAAAACGCCUGUUUCUGCACGGGCGAAUGUUUCCCUUCGGGGGUGUUCAACGUCUCGAAUUGCAGGGCCCAUUCGCCGACUUUCUUGUCCUUUCCGCACUUUUAUCAGGCCGAUCCGUAUUACAGGAAUGCGAUAAAGGGAAUGAAGCCCGAUAAAACUAAGCACGAAAUGUACAUCACCAUCGAACCGAAAUCCGGUGUUAUUAUGGAUAUACAAAUCGUCAUGCAAAUAAAUAUGUUACUGCAACCUAUACCAAAUAUAGGCUUUUACGAGAAAUCGCCGAAGGUCUUCCUGCCAUUGUUCUACUUCACCCAAAACAUCUACCUCAAGGACGACAUAGCUUCGAGCCUGAGGUUGAUCCAGAAUUUCCCGGAAUAUUGCAACUACACGUUCUAUGUUCUAAUAGGAUUGGGUUGCCUGACGCUGCUGUGGGUGGUGUGCUCGUGCUGUUGGUGUCGAAUGUCGAACAGAAGGACGUUCGAAAUCAACGAAAAGGGCGCCUCGACGAAGGCGCAGGCGCACGAACACGGGGAAAUACCGCUAGGAAAGUAGCUUUAAUUUUUUGUUUCAUUUCUUAAUCGUUAGGAUCGUCGUCGAGGAUUAAAUUUUUUUAUAUCAAGUUGGAGCAUUUUAAUUUAUUCAAUUCGGAGUGUAAAUUUAUUGUCAGGUCAUUUGAUUGCGAGUUUGUAAAUAUUGUUAUGCGAAUAAAGUUGAAUUUUCU